GUGAGUGCACUUCCUGGUUACGUCGCAAAUAAUACGUGACAAGUUGUUUAUGGAACGCUCACUAAUUUGUUGAUUCCUUUGCUCUAGGAAUGAUACGUUUUGUAUUGCGACAAAACGUGUUCGUCCCGAUUCGUUUAGCGCUCACCCUCUUCGACUUCCCGUAUACAGUCAGCACUUACGGACUCAGGGUUGUCAUCGACUGCUCAGUUGGCCAUCCUUCUUUCAGAAUCACUCCAGCCAUCGCUCCCACCACGUCAAGUUGUUCUCACGACUCCAAGAGUGUCUGCACAAUGAGCACUUCAGCACACAUUAAGUCCAGAUGCCCCGAGUACCCAGCAUCCAAAACCAAGCGCUUCCCAGUGAGUGAUUUCCAGGUGGAUUGGAGUCAGAGUUUCCAAGGAUAUAAUCCAGUCAACUACACCCAUCCUUCAGUGGAAAAGAAACCAACAUGGGCAGAUCCUGAAAUUGGGUCAUUCAACCCACAAUUUAAUUCUCUGGAUGGUUCUGCGGACAGAAGAAGCUUUGAUGGCUGCUACAAAGUGGAAGAUGGAAAGCCUCUAAAUCCUCAUGGACGCACAGGGGUAAUGGGUAGAGGGUUGCUGGGGCGAUGGGGACCCAAUCACGCUGCAGAUCCCAUUGUCACAAGAUGGAAAGUAGAUGCUAAAGGAGAAAAGAUUCUUCACCAUAUCUCCAAAAAGCCCGUCCUGCAAUUUGUUUCCAUUAAGAGAAAAGAUUGCGGGGAGUGGGCCAUUCCAGGCGGGAUGGUAGAUCCAGGGGAGAAUGUUUCUCUCACUCUUCAGCGGGAGUUUUCGGAAGAGGCAUUAAAUUCGCUGGGAGUAUCGCCAUUAGAGAGAUCUAAAAUUCAUGAGCGCAUCACCCAACUCUUUAAAUCACCUGGUUUUGAGGUCUUUAAAGGAUAUGUAGAUGAUCCUAGAAACACUGAUAAUGCUUGGAUGGAGACAGUUGCGGUUAACUUCCACGAUGAAAAUGGCAACAGUGUGAGCGAGCUGCCGUUGCAAGCUGGCGAUGAUGCAGGCCAAGUACAGUGGGUUGAUGUGGACUCGUCCUUCCCACUCUAUGCGAGCCAUUCUCAUUUAUUGGAACUGGUUGCCAAACAGAGGAAAUCCCACUGGUAGCCACUGACAAAGGGCUGUCAUAACAAUGAAGGAAAAAAUGGUGCAGUGACAUACUAAAGUGUAUGUUUAUAAUAAAAGACACUUGAUCCCAA